AUGGGCGUCAUCCGCAAAAAAACCGUCGUUCGGGGCGGCGAAGGAGGAGUGAAAUAUCAUUGCGACGUCUGUUCGGCUGAUAUCACAUCUACAGUCAGAAUUCGAUGCGCACACAGCGCGUGCAGUGACUAUGAUCUCUGUGUCCAAUGCUUCGCGAGUGGAGCGUCAAGCGGAGCGCACAAGCCUGAAUCGCAUCCAUACCGGGUUAUCGAGCAGAACUCGUUUCCGAUAUUCGACCGGGACUGGGGUGCGGAUGAGGAGCUAUUGCUCCUUGAGGGCGCCGAAAUUUACGGCCUGGGGUCGUGGGCUGACAUUGCGGACCACAUCGGCGGUUUUCGGCACAAGGAUGAAGUUCGCGACCAUUACCUAAGCGCCUAUGUAGACUCGUCCAGAUUCCCUCUCCCAGAACGAUGCAGUCCGCAAGACAUGGAACUGGCAAACGAGAUAUCACGAGAAGAAUUCCAGGCCAAAAAGAAGCGGCGCAUAGAAGAGCGCAAGGAAGCCCAAAAGAACGCACCAGCACUCCAGCCAAAGACGAAACCUACAGCGAGUGUACCGUCGUGUCACGAGAUUCAAGGCUACAUGCCCGGUCGACUGGAAUUCGAAACCGAAUAUGCGAACGAAGCGGAGGAGGCGGUACAACUGAUGCAAUUCGACCCCGGUGACGGCAUCAAUCCGCGAACCGGCGAGCUCGAACCCGAAAUGGAGCUGAAGCUAACGGUUAUGGAGAUUUACAAUUGCCGAUUGACGCAGCGAGUCGAGCGGAAAAAGGUCAUCUUCGAGCACAACCUCCUUGAUUACAGAGAAAAUACCAAGACAGAAAAGAAGCGGACGCGAGAGGAACGAGAUCUUGUAAACAAAACGAAGCCAUUCGCGCGAAUGAUGAACCACGACGAUUACGAGGCUUUCUCGCAGGGUUUGAUCGAUGAGUUCAACUUGCGACAAGCGAUAGCACAGCUUCAGGAAUGGCGCAGUUACCGCAUUGGCGAUCUUCGCAGCGGCGAAAAAUACGAACAGGAGAAGGCUCAGCGCAUUCAGCGAUCUAUGCCUAUGGGCUCGAUGGACCGUGAGAGGCUGGCGACAUCUCAGCGUAAGGCCGCCGCCGCCGUCCCUGACCCCCCAAGCGGCGCUGCUCUCCUCGUAGCACCCGAAUUACCGAUACGGUCCGCAGCAUCUCCUAAUGGCACUCUUGGCAUCCCGAACGGCGAGGUUAAGAAGGAACCAACGACGAAUGGCAAGGUUAAUGGAACUGCCACAGCGAACGGCGGCAGCAUCAUCGUUACCAACGGUCCAGGCCCUGUAACUCGGCAGAGAGCCAACCCGCAACCCCUUUCCGGAGUUACGCCGCUUCAGCUGACUCAAGAUAAUGCUCCGGAUCUCCACCUCCUGACCCCGGAGGAAAUUAAACUGUGUGAGGUGGUACGGCUGCAGCCAAAGCCCUACCUAAUGAUCAAAGAGCAAAUCCUCAAGGAAGCGCUGAAAGGGAAUGGAACACUAAAGAAGAAACAGGCAAAGGAGAUUUGCAGGCUCGAUUCUCAAAAGGGCGGAAGGAUAUUCGAGUUUUUCAUAAACUCGGGAUGGGUUGGCAAGGCGUAA